GCGUAAAACCUGUCUCUAGUUUAGACUUGAGUGUUUUGUUUACAAAUUACAAUCUAUAGAGAAAACAGCAGACGUCUCUAACAAGUAUGGAAAAUGGUAAACACCCUUCGCCUCUCCAACUCCAAUCACCACCACCACUGCGUCAAACGCCGCCAUGGAAGGUGGUGGCGGUGGCCGCAAUAGCCGUCGGGGUUCAGUUCGGCUGGGCUUUACAAUUCUCUCUCCUCACACCAUACGUGCAGCUUCUAGGCAUCCCACAUAAAUGGGCAUCCUACAUUUGGCUCUGCGGCCCCAUCUCCGGCAUGGUGGUGCAACCUCUCGCCGGCCACUACAGCGACCGCUGCACCUCCAAAUUCGGCCGCCGCCGCCCCUUCAUCGCAGCCGCCACCGCCCUCGUCACCGUCGCCGUCAUUCUCAUCGGCUUUGCCGCCGACCUCGGCCACCUCUCCGGCGACAGCCUCGACUCCGGCGCCGCCAAGCCCCGCGCCAUCACCAUCUUCGUGGUCGGAUUCUGGAUCCUGGACGUCGCCAACAACCUCCUCAUGGCCCCCUGCCGCGCCUUCCUCGCCGACCUCUCCGACGGCGACCAGCGCAAAACUCGAAACGCCAACGCCGCCUUCGCCUUCUUCACCGCCGUUGGCAACGUCCUAGGCUACGCCGCCGGAUCGUACUCGAACCUCCACCGCCUCUUCCCCUUCACCUCAACACAGGCCUGUGAUGUUUACUGUGCCAAUCUCAAGACCUGUUUCUUAAUCUCAAUCACUCUGUUACUCAUUCUAACCGUACUCGCAAUCAGCACUGUGCGUGAAGAUCCAAUUUCGAGGCUCUCGGUGCAGAAGAAGGAUGAAACGGUGCCGUUUCUGGGGUUUUUCGGGGAAUUAUUGAGUGCGUUGAAAGAGUUUUCGAAGCCCAUGUGGUACCUAUUGUUGGCAAUGAUGCUGACCUCGACUGCUUGGUUUGGGUUCGUGCUGUACGACACUGAUUGGGUGGGGAGAGAGGUGUAUGGUGGAGAGGUUGGAGGAAAGGUGUACGAUAGCGGAGUGAGAGCGGGGUCGUUGGGGCUGAUGCUGAACUCAGCGGUGGCGGGGGUAACGGCACUGGCGGUGAUGCUGGUGGCCCGUGGAGUCAAGGGAGGGAACCGGCUAUGGGGUUGCGGUAACCUUUUGUUGGCGGUAUGCUUGGCGAUGACGGUGUGGAUCACUAAAGUUGCAGAGUCGACACGGCGGAAAGCGGUGGCUAGUGGUGGUGGGACUACGCCGGCACGUGGUGUCAAGGCGGCAACUCUCUCUGUCUUUGCGGUUUUGGGGAUUCCAACUGCGAUGACUUCCACAAUUCCCUUUUCAUUGGGAUCCAUUUAUUGCAGCAGCUUUGGUGGAGGACAAGGUCUCUCUCUGGGAGUUUUGAAUGUUGCUGUAGUCCUACCCCAGGGAGAUGCAUGUAAGUUACCAAUCAUAUUCUCAUGAUGCAAGCGCAGCUUUGGUGUGGACUACUAUAAUGUCGUUAUUGUGUAGAAUAAUAUAAUAGUAAUAGAUUCUAUAAUAAACACAUUUUUUUUUAUUUUUUGCAGCUUGUCAGAAAAAUCAAUAAUAUGAAAUUUUAUAUCAAAUUUAAUAUAAAAUUUUGUUGAAAGUUGUUACGGCGCGCACCUUUAAAAAAGAUAUACAUACAUGACAAGAUUAAAUUGUUUUUGUAAUAAUUCAAAAUAUAUUUUUCACAAAAAAUUCAUUAUACUUUUUAUCGAAAUAAUUAUUAUAUGAUGCCGCUCAUAAUAAUAUCAUAAUAUUUAUAACGUAACAUUAAUAAUUUAUGAGUUUCACUUUAGAUAUCUCUCACCACUCACAUCUCAAUCAUCAUCGGAGAAUGAGUUUGAUUUUCCUAUUGAACAUAUAAAGAGAAACGGUAUACGUAAGCAUUUUUAGAUUGUAAUGAAAUCCUCAUCAUUCAAUUAGAGGCUUAAUCCUUAGGGCUAACAAACAUGAAAAAAUAAAAUAAAUUCAUAUAUAUAUUUAGACGGUGUUUGGAUAAAAAAUUUAAAGAAAAAUAUAUGGAGAAAAAGAAUUGAAAAAAAAAAACUUUUAUUUUAUUCAUUCUCUUUCUUUUUCCCUUUUUUCCACAAAUACUUCCUCAAAUUAUUAAUCCAAACACCGCAUUAUAUUCAUGCUUUGUUUCUUUUUUAUUUUUUCAUUUUUCUUUCCAACCAAACAGGAAGUGUUAUCAUCUCUUUUAUUUUUCAUUUUUUUUUAUGAUGAUUAAUGGUUGGACAAUUUAUUUUUCAGUGGAAUUUUUUAUUAAAUCCUCACAAAAUAAAUGUCAUUUAAAAAAAAAAAAAAAGGGUUUCAAGCACUUGUUAGUUAGA